GUUUCUUCCCUUUUCACGAGCGGAAAAUCAUAGGCGGCCUGGCCCGUUCACGUUCAGUACGUUUUUCACGGCGACCAUUUGACAAUUUCCCCAUUUUCGAGUGACGGGUUUUCCACCCAAGAGGAUGCUGUGACUGGUCGUGAUCUAUUUACAGGCCAUGCCGUGGCCGGGCACACCGCUAAGAAUCUUCUUGGUCCUUUUUGUCACAUUCUGGAAGUCUCCAGGUCUAACAGGAGAAGGAAAUGUUGGUUGUCUGUUCAGCAACCGACUAUGCCUGGAGGAUGAAUGGUGCUUUGAUGAUUACGCCUUCGGAAGAUGUACCCCAACGGGUGACAUCGAUGAAGAGGAUGUUUUUAGAUUCGAUCUGAAGCGUGACGAGCUGCACGAGCUGAAGAGGGAGCUGCAGAGGCUGUUCGCCCUGGGAUACCGAUGGAGCCACGGGUACACGCAGUGCCGUCUCCAGGCCAUGCUCUACGCCAUGAAACACGACUCCCCCUUCGAAGAGGACAUGUGUUCCCAUCUGGCCGAUCAGGACCUGGAGGGAGCUCUGAAAGCGAUGGACGUCCAGGAUCCGAUGGAUCCCAGGGAGGUGGCCAUUAUAAAAUAUACGCCGAGUGUUGAAAAAACCCAUGGGAAGUACGCUGACGAAGUUUACUAUCCUCCCAAUGUGGAAGCAUCAGCCAGGGACGCUCUGAGGAAUAAGAUUUUGGGAACGAAUCCUGUCGACAUUCUCGACAUGCCGGACCCCUACGCUGAAUACCAAGUCAUGAAACGCGCAUGGAUCCCUCAGAUGCACCGCAGAACACCACCUGUCAUCACCAUCAAAAGCACUAGAGACUUCGACGACGAUCCCCUGGAAUUCCUACAACCAUCCCCUUAUGAAGAGAAAGUGGCCAUCGACAACAGACUGCGGCAAGUUAUGGAGGCGGAAAUCGAGCCGCCAAGACCUCGCGUCCUAUCCUUCCAGGACCUGAAGGACAUCUAUCCCCUCAUAAAAUAUAUGAACGAGAACUACCUUACCCUGCCGGAUUUGAAGAGGAUAUUAUCGCCCCAGAGUUACCAGCACGUUGAGAGACUGUUAGGCGACUUCGACCACACCGUCGACCGCCAAGAAUACCGGAUCCAAGAGCUGGAGGACCAUUUUUCCAGAAGUGACAACGUACCUCCCGAACGCUUCAGCAUGACCUACAACACCCCGGAUAAGUUCAGAGAGGGCUGGGAGUCGAAGGACAGCCUGGAGUUCCUCAACCGCCCCAGGUCCUACCAGGAGGCCGACGAGGAAGAGGUGCCGAGACCGAGGACUGAGGAGAUUUUCAGGGAGCUGAAGAACGCCCAGCUGCCGCCCAGGAGCGGCUUCGAAGAGGGCCAAGUCGGCCCGGGCAACAGCGGCAUCUUCAGGGAGCUGCACCGGCAGUACGGGGAGGAGACGUGGGGCAAGCUUGCCCCCAACCAACGGACUGGAGUGUACACGGAGGGUGGAUUCGUCUACCCUUCGGAUUCGAUGAACGGCAAAUCAUCGCAGGAAUCUCUGAACGAAGACCUGGAAAAGCUGCUAGAAAAUAAUAGUAACGUUGGUUUUAAAAGACCGGAAAGGCUCGACGUUAAAAAACCUGGACCGAAGUUCCCUUUCUACCCGCACGAAGAUCUCAAGCGAAAAGGUUUCAUUAAUGACGAACAUAUGUUCAUGCCUUCCAUGAUGAAAAAAGGACCUAGAGGCGCGCCUCACCCUAAUCCGUACAAGGUGGACCAGUACGAAGUGGAGGAGUCUAGCGCGGAUUAUGUCUUCGUGGGAUUCAAUAAGAACUUUGAUACUUGGGGUCAAGGAGUGGAUGUGAUCAAGAAUAUAUCCUAUUUGCUACACUUGGAACCUUCAUCUUUCGAGAAUGGACAUGUCAUCAAAAAUGUGGUCACCUUCAAAGUGCUACCAAACAGCAAAGGAUUGAACGCUUCUGAAGUUGCUCGGAGAAUCCUUGACCUCAAGGAUACUAUGAGCCCGGGAAACAGCCUGAAAAUCAUCGAUGCAGGACUUAAGGACAAGGCGAAGAUGCAGGCAGUAUUGGCAGCACCAAUGAUGAACGACAACGAGUUCUACAUCGUCAUCUUCAUGGUAUGCGGAGUGCUAGGAGCUAUGAUCGUCGCAGCAACUCUCUUGAUCAUCAUCAGGAAGCACAUCAAGUCCAAGGAGAAGCUCCAGGGUCUCAGUAAACCGGACACGGAGGCCAGCAAGGACUACCAGGAACUGUGCAGGGCUAGGAUGUCGGCCAAAGGACAACCGUCUGGUGAAAGCGUCCACGGAAGGAUAACCAGUCUGUCGAAGGAAUCAGAACAGAGUCCUUCGAGUAGGUCUAGCACUUCGUCUUGGAGCGAGGAGCCUGCUUUGCACAACAUGGAUAUUUCGACAGGCCACAUCGUUCUCAACUACAUGGAAGACCAUCUGAAGAACAAGGACCGUCUGGAGCAGGAAUGGGUAGCCUUGUGCGCUUACGUGGCAGAACCCUGUGCUACGACUGUUUCUCUGAAGAAGGAGAACGCCGGCAAGAACAGGUACCCGGAGAUAGUCCCCUACGACCAUUCUCGAGUGGUUCUGAACGAUCUGUCGAACGCCAACGGUUCCGAUUACAUCAACGCUUCCAGCAUCACGGAUCACGACCCCAGGAACCCUGCGUACAUAGCCACACAAGGACCCCUGCCGCACACCUCUGCAGACUUCUGGCAGUUGAUCUGGGAACAAGGCGCUGUGGUUAUCGUUAUGUUGACCAGGCUCACGGAGUCAGGAGCUGCGAUGUGUCAUAGGUACUGGCCGGAGGAAGGUUCCGAGAGAUACCACAUCUACGAAGUGCAUCUAGUAUCCGAGCACAUCUGGUGCGACGAUUACCUAGUACGUUCCUUCUACCUUAAGAACCUGAGGACAGGCGAGACCAGGACUGUUACCCAGUUCCACUUCCUCUCAUGGGCCGAGACUGGGGUGCCAGCUUCCACGAAAGCUCUUCUUGAGUUCAGAAGAAAAGUGAACAAAUCUUAUAGAGGGAGAUCCUGCCCUAUUGUAGUACACUGUAGUGACGGUGCAGGUAGAACAGGCACUUACUGCCUGAUAGAUAUGGUACUGAGUAGAAUGGCGAAAGGAGCUAAAGAAAUAGAUAUUGCAGCUACUUUAGAACACCUUAGAGAUCAGAGAGUGAAAAUGGUCGCUACAAAGCAACAGUUCGAGUUUGUUUUAACAGCGGUAGCAGAAGAAGUGCACGCUAUAUUAAAAGUGCUACCUCCACAGCCUACUGCACCUCAACCGGACAAAGAAAAGUAAUCCCAUUAUCGAGAAUACAACAAAGUCAAUGCGAUAAAAAGGGAAACAUGGUCUUAGAUGUCCAGAGCUGAGACUGGCUCAGCUGGAGAAGAAUAGGCGCUCUAUUAAACACCUAUAAGGCUUGAAGUUGUUUCUGUCGAUUUUUCGUAUUUUCCUUGAUGUACCUCUUGAAUUAAUCGACUAAGUGUAUUUAUAUAGUAAUUUUCCCCGCAGAUUUCCCAAAAAAAAAUCUUAUCAUUGUCAAUGUUUCAGGAGAACUGAAAGAAUUUUAUGCAAGUGUUAUUGGAACAUAUAGUAUUAUCGUAUUGUUGUGUUUAAGUUUUCACAUUUUACGUUCUACAUGUAUCUCUUCAAUUGGGGGACUACUGUACAUUCCGAAGGUUCGACAACAGCUUUUGCGACCUUCCCUGUCGACCGCCAUUUUGUGAGAGAAUUCUGGGUACUUUCCUGUCACUUGGUUGAAAGAUGUUUCAAUCCCCCCUCCUUCUUAGCGUUUAAGGUCAGACAUUGGUCGAUUGACGUCUUGCAUGACGGACCUUAUGAAAGCCAAUGUCGAUUUCAAUUCAAAAGUGUUCAAGAUAGGCCGAGCCCCCAUCCAGCUUCGUCAGCGUAUCUUGAACACACCUCAAAUCAUCACAUAUCCCCCUCUCUCCUUUUACUGUUAUUCACUCAGUGUUUUUCACGUGUAUCACAUAGACGAUACUUAUGCUACUCAAUGUAAACGGUAACUUCCAGAUUAAACAUGAACUGACAAGGAAACGCGUGAACAAGCGAGAUAUGCAAGACAAACCGUCGGUCUUCAAACAACUCGCGGAGGUUCAACUGCAAACACUUACGACGGCAUCUCAGAGUUUAACCUGAUAUAAAAUAUAUAUUUUUUCGUUGCGUCUAAAGUCCCGUCGCUCUGGUUACCAGCCUCCUAGAAGGACGGGUUUUUAGCGCUUGUCUGCGCCUGCGUCCAUCUUCCUGGCAUCCAGCCGCUACGAAGACGGAGACUGCGCACUGUCGAUCUGGUCUCGGGGGAAUUUUCAAUUUGGGGCAAUCGAUCUCGAUCGAUUCUUGCUGUAAUUUUAAGGGCCACCGAGGGAUUUCGAAACCCAAGGGAAACUCCAGACUGAAAUGUUCUCUUCGUGUGAGAGUCUAUCGAUUGUAUUUUUUUUUUUUGCGGGAUUUGCGGGACCCCGAUCGAGCACUUGCGUCCUUCUCAAUUCCGACAAGUGCUACUGUCGGUUGUCCCGGUCCCGGUAUUUUGAAAUAUGAAUAUAUUUAUGGAUUUAAAAAAAAAAUGAAGAAGAGGUAUAAUUACAAAAUGUUCCCAAUAUAUUAACUAUUUUGUCAAAUGAACUAUACUAAAAGAAGAAUGUAUUUGUAUCAAUAAGUUAAUGUACUGAAUCUAUCUAGUUUUAGUGUAUUUAAAUGUAAACUAUUUGAAUGUAAAACAGCACAAUGGUU